AUGGUCAGGCCUCAUACCAACCCGUGGGUCAUAAUGGUCGAUGUGGACAGCUCCUCCAGCAGCUCCUCCAGCAGCAACAACAACAACAGCACCAUGACGACCUCCAGCUCCUCCUCUAACAACGGCGGCGACGGCGGCAACAACAACGACAGCGGCAGUGACAGGUCCUCCAGGUACUUCAACCGCUACAGGGCCAGCUACUAUUACGACCACGAUGGAAACAGCAGCGACAACACCCAUCGCCAUGUAACCAAGCUCCCACAACCAAACGAGGCCCAUCUCCGGACCCCAUCUGACAACCCACCAGCCUACACGCCCCCUCUCACGGCCCUAGCUCGUGCCCACGUCCGCCUAAGCCACAUCAGCUCCAUCUCAUCACUGCAGAACGCCACCUUCUCCUUGAGCAGAGCAAGCAGCACAGCCAGAACGCAGGGUGUCAAACCCCCCGGCUACAGCCUGAGAAACGCCCCAACCAACCUCCACAACGCCGCCGGCGGUGUGUAUGAGCUAGCAGGUGCACCCGUCGUCCCCGCCGUUGCCGAACCGCCGUCCUAUGCCUUCCACCGCCGUGACAGAUUUCUGGAGACAAACCAGGCUGCAACCUAUGUCCCCAACUCACCACAACUCCCGCCCCCAUCCUACGGCGUGGCUCCUCGCAUCCCUCUCCUCGGGGAGACGGCAAAUGGAGGCGGAAACAUCCGAAUUGCCACAGAAGGCACAAGGACCCCUGAAAUUGGAGGGUACAUGACUGCUAGAAGCCUCAGAAGCCUCAGAGGUGCCAGAAGCAUUGACAGCAUCGACAGCAUUGACAGCAUUGACGAGAUGAUCGAUCUCGAGCGGGGCAAUUCGUCUCGCAACAGGGCGGGGGUUGAAGUCUUGAGGAACCGAAUCAAACGUAUAAUCAAGUCGAAGAAAUUCUUCCUGUUUUGCUUUUUAUUGUUUGAAGUGGGUUUGUGUGCUCUCUUGUGGAUAGCUAAUCAUCACCUGAAUCCGAGCGAGGUCGUCGUGUAG